AGCAUACGAGAUCUAUUGGAUAUUGUGUGCUUGUGUUCGUGCUCUAACUUGCUCUCUCCUCUUGUUCGCUUUCCGGUGUCCAUAGUCCAUACCACAUUAAACAGAUAAAGAUUAACUUUUUAUUUUCUUUUUUCCAAUUUUAUAUUCUCAGAAAAAUUAAUCAAGACACACAUUUUACAACGAAAACCAGAACGAUAACCUCGUCUUUACGGAGGAGAGAGAAGAAUCAUGGUAUUCUCGUGUUAUCUUCCCCUUCUUUAGAGAGAGAAAACGCAGGGGUAGUUAAAAAGUUCCAACUGUGGGGUUUUCCUUUGAAUUUUCUAGGUUUUGAUUGCUGAAUUUUCUAACAGCAUUCAUGGCGACGCCAUUGACGGGCCUUGCACAUAGAGAUGGAGGUGGUGUUGCGAUAAUGACUGGUCCUGUUAAUGCUGUAGAUCCUUCUCCUACCACUUUGCCCAAACCUUCUUGCAAAAAUUCUGCUCAGAAAUCUCCUAUUUUGAUUUUUCUGUUCUUCCAUAAGGCAAUUAAAUCUCAGCUUGAAGGUCUUCAUCGUGCUGCUGUUCAUUUUGCUACCAAUCAAGAUAGCGAUAUUCAGCCUUUGUUACAGCGCUAUCACUUUCUGCGCUCCAUUUAUAAGCAUCACUGUAAUGCCGAGGAUGAGGUCAUCUUCCCAGCUCUGGACAUUCGUGUAAAAAAUGUAGCAAGAACUUACUCUCUGGAGCAUGAGGGUGAAAGUGCUCUUUUUGAUGAGUUGUUUGAGCUAUUGAACACAAAGGUACAAGACGAAGAAUCCUACCGAAGAGAAUUAGCUUCUCGUACGGGAGCCCUUAAGACGUCAAUUAGACAACAUAUGUCCAAGGAAGAAGAGCAGGUGUUUCCGUUGCUUAUUGAAAAGUUCUCUUUCGAGGAACAGGCAUCUUUAGUGUGGCGGUUCCUGUGCUCUAUACCUAUUAAUAUGAUGGUGGAGUUUCUUCCUUGGCUUUCAUCUUCUGUCUCCACUGAUGAGAGUCAGGACAUGCGUAAAUGCCUUCAAAAAAUUAUUCCAAAUGAGAUUCUUCUUCAUGAGGUCAUUUUUACUUGGAUGGAUGGACCAAAAGUGGAUAAACCUCCAACAAGCUGUGAUUCAGCUUUGGAAUGUAGCAUAGAUUCAACAGCAUGUGCUUCAUUGGGCCAAGCCAAAAGGACAUCCUGUGCUUGUGAAUCAUCACAAACUGGAAAAAGAAAACGUGUCAAAUUGAGUAGCUCCACUGCAGAUUCAGAUCUCAGUUGUCCAAUAGAUGAGAUAUUAUUGUGGCACAAGGCAAUAAACACAGAACUCAGUGAAAUAGCAGAAGCUGCUAGAAAAAUGCAGCUAAAUGACGAAUUCUCUGAUUUGUUUGAAUUCAAUGAGAGGCUACACUUUAUCGCUGAAGUUUGCAUAUUUCAUAGUAUUGCUGAGGAUAAGGUUAUAUUCCCUGCCGUAGAUGCAGAACUCUCCUUCGCACAGGAGCAUGCUGAAGAAGAAAUCAUAUUUGAGAAAAUUAGAUGUGCAAUUGAGAACAUACAGCUUGCAAAUGCAAAAUCAUCUUUAGAUGAUUUAUACGCAAGGCUGUGCUCUUAUGCUGAUCAAAUAAUGGACACCAUACAAAAGCAUUUCCAUAAUGAGGAAAUUCAGGUGCUUCCACUUGCCCGAAAGUUAUUUACUCCGCAAAGACAAAGAGAACUUCUGUAUAAGAGCCUGUGUGUCAUGCCACUUAAGUUAAUUGAACGUGUGUUGCCUUGGUUGGUCAGAUUUCUUGGUGAAGAAGAACAAAAGUGCUUUCUCAAAAAUAUGCAAAUGGCAGCUCCAGCUGCAGAUGCUGCACUUGUCACACUUUUUUCUGGUUGGGCUUGCAAAGGUAGUAAAAGGAAUGUCUGCUUAUCCUCCAGUGCAAUUAGUUGUUGUCCGGCAAAGCUGAUGAGCGGGGAAGGGGUUUUAAGUAAAUGCAAUCCAUGCUUAUUAAAUAGGGAGAAAGCUGCUGAAAAUCAUCAGGAUGAUGAAGAUAGACCAUCCAAGCAAGGGAACAUGAGUUCAAGUGAGGCGAUUGUCAAUCUUGAAGACGUGGGAGUAGGUGAUUCCUCGAGGUCAUCUUGUGGUACUCUAUCAUGUUGUGUUCCUGGUUUAGGAGUCAAUAACGACCACCUGGUAACUAGCUCUCUAGCUACUGCAAAAUCUCUACGUUCUUUGUCUCUUAGUCCCACUGCUCCGUCCCUGAACUCGAGCCUCUUCAAUUGGGAGAUGGAGAUAAGCAUUUCAGAUACGGGAACUUCUUCAAGGCCGAUCGACAACAUAUUCAAAUUUCAUAAAGCAAUUCGCAAAGACUUGGAGUACUUGGAUGCUGAAUCUGGAAAAUUAAGUGAAUGUGACGAGGCAUUUCUCAGGCAGUUUAGUGGCCGAUUUCGACUGUUGUGGGGACUGUAUAAGGCUCAUAGUAAUGCUGAGGAUGACAUAGUAUUUCCAGCAUUGGAGUCCAAGGAAGCUCUUCAUAAUGUUAGCCACUCUUAUACUUUGGAUCACAAGCAAGAAGAGAUGCUUUUUGAGGACAUAUCUUCUGCACUGUCCGAGCUUUCACAACUCCAUGGAGCAUCAAAUAAAUUUAAUAAUAUUAAAGAUUCACUUACAUUUGAGUCCAGUACUGGUGAUUCUAGUGAUAACUUGAGGAAGUACCUAGAGCUUGCCACUAAGCUCCAGGGAAUGUGCAAAUCUAUAAGAGUAACACUUGAUCAGCAUGUUUUUCGUGAAGAGCUGGAGCUGUGGCCCUUGUUUGACAAACAUUUCUCUGUGGAGGAUCAAGAUAAAAUUGUAGGUCGCAUAAUUGGUACCACUGGAGCUGAGGUGCUUCAAUCUAUGCUACCUUGGGUAACUUCAGCACUUACCCAAGAGGAACAGAACAAGAUGAUGGACACAUGGAAGAAUGCAACCAAGAAUACAAUGUUUAGUGAAUGGCUUAAUGAAUGGUGGGAAAGGGCUACUCCAUCUCAACAAUGUUCCACUUCAGAUAUAGGCCCAACACAAGGCCAUGAUAUAUGCGAUGCUUUGGACUCUAGUGACCAAACUUUCAAGCCUGGAUGGAAAGAUAUUUUCAGAAUGAAUCAGAAUGAACUUGAAUCGGAGAUAAGGAAGGUCUCUCGUGAUUCAAGCCUUGAUCCAAGAAGAAAAGCUUACUUGAUUCAAAAUUUAAUGACCAGUCGAUGGAUAGCUGCUCAGCAGAAGUCUACUCAUGGAGGAACUGGUGAAUCUUCAAACGGGGAUGACUCUCUAGGAUGCUCUCCUUCAUAUAGGGAUCCUGAAAAAACAAUCUUUGGGUGUGAGCAUUACAAACGAAAUUGCAAACUUCGAGCUUCGUGCUGUGCAAAGUUGUUCACAUGCAGGUUCUGUCAUGAUAAAGUCAGCGAUCACUCUAUGGAUAGGAAAGCUACCUCUGAAAUGAUGUGUAUGCACUGCUGUAAGAUUCAGCCUGUUGGACCCAUUUGCACAACUCCGUCAUGCAAUGGACUUUUGAUGGCGCAGUAUUACUGUAACAUAUGCAAAUUUUUUGACGAUGAAAGAAGCGUUUAUCAUUGCCCUUUUUGCAACUUGUGUCGUGUGGGGAAGGGACUUGGUUCAGAUUUCUUCCACUGCAUGACUUGCAAUUGUUGCUUGAGUGUAAAGCUGGUUGACCAUAAAUGUCGGGAGAAAGGUCUGGAAACAAACUGCCCUAUCUGCUGUGAUUUCCUCUUCACAUCAAGUGCAUCAGUCAGAGCUCUUCCCUGUGGCCAUUUUAUGCAUUCUGCUUGCUUCCAGGCUUAUACUUGCAGCAACUAUAUCUGUCCCAUUUGUAGCAAGUCAUUGGGAGAUAUGGCGGUUUAUUUUGGUAUGCUCGAUGCUUUGCUGGCUUCUGAACAGCUACCUGAAGAAUAUAGGGAUCAUUGUCAGGACAUACUCUGCAACGACUGCGGAAGAAAGGGAACUGCACGGUUCCAUUGGCUUUAUCACAAGUGUGGAUCAUGCGGAUCAUAUAAUACUCGCGUCAUCAAAAUUGGUCCAACUGACACCAAUUGUUCAACAUGACAACAGACAAACAACAUUCAGUCUACGUUAGUUGCUACAUUGUAAAUAUUUUGGCGGCAGUACAUAUGAUAUGACUUCUUUAUUCUUUAUUCUCCCUCUGUUCUAUAAUUGUUGUGAAAAAUAUGGAUGGGAAAGUCUGAUUCUGAUAAGCAAUUCUGAGAUUUCCAAAUUUUUUGGCGAAAGAAGUUGAGAUUUCAGAUUCUGUUGCACUUUCUUGGUUGUCAAUGUUCCAUAGAUGUGCAAAAGAUAUGAGUAUAGUGUAUACAAAUUUAAUGAGGGCGUUUACUCCUCUAAUGCAACAAGUGCAUUUUGCUGCUCUUGUUUUUCUCUUA